CUCCUCAGCCCCCACUAAGAUUUCCACACUGUAUCCCGCUGCCCUCCUCAUCUCCCAUCACUCUGGUCCAAGGGCUCCCAGAGUUGGAUCCUGUGCUCAUCCUCCUCCUUCUCCUCCUCAUCUCCAACACUCCUCCUGCUGGACUUAAGGUGGCCCUGGUCUUCCUUCUCCUCCAACUACGUCUCUUCUUUUGACCUCCAGAAGUUUUCGCUGGGACGCGGCUCAAGAUGCCAGAGCCCACCAAGAAAGAUGAGAUGCCAAACGGGCAACCAGAAGACAGUAAAGACGCCCGUCCCUUACCUGAGAUUUGCCUGGAGGUCUCUCUCCCAGAGGCAGCAAAGGCUGAUGAGAAGAAAGCAGGAUCCCAAGAGUGUGAUAAAGUAGUGGCCCAGGAGCCAAGCAUUACUGAGAACGGCUCAAACCAACCACAGCCUGAAGAGGCUGGGGUGAAAGAGCAAGCACAGCCUGCUUGUGUUACGGUGCGAGAAGAGGUGCCUUGCUCAACCCCACCUCCGGAUGAUGAUGCUGCAGCCACUAGCCCCUCCCCAACACCCCCAUCAGAGGAUGCCAAUUCACUCAAGAAACUCUCAAUUGAGCUUCCUCAUGAUAGCGUCCCAGCCAUGGGGAGGAAAGACUCAGUGUGGUCUUUGGGAGAAGGUCAGCCCCCGGAGGAACUGGAUAAACCCAUCGAAACCCCUCCACUGUCCAUCCUGCUGAUCGAGAAACCACUGGGUGGCACUGUGUCUGUAGGGGGUGAUAUCACCUUUGUGGCUAAGGUGGAAGCCAAAGAUCUUCUCCGCAAACCUACCAUUAAGUGGUUCAAAGGGAAAUGGAUGGAUCUGGCCAGCAAAACAGGAAAGCACUUACAGCUCAAGGAGACCUUUGACCGUCAGACUAAGAUACACACAUUUGAGAUGCACAUCAUCAAAGCCAAAGAGAACUACGCCGGGAACUACAGGUGUGAGGUCACCUACAAGGACAAGUUUGACAGCUGCUCCUUCGACCUGGAAGUGAAAGAAACGGUGCAAGGCUCGCAGAACAUCGACAUUCGAUCGGCCUUCAAGAGAAGCAGUGAAGGACAAGAAGAUGCAGGAGAGCUUGACUUUAGUGGGCUCCUUAAACAUAGGGAGCCUAAACAGCAGGAUGACACCCCUGAGGUGGAUGUGUGGGAGAUCUUGAAGAACGCUCGGCCCGAUGAGUACGAAAAGAUUGCCUUCAUGUAUGGCAUCACCGAUCUGAGGGGUCUGCUGCGGAGGAUGAAGAAGAUUCCGAAGGAGGAGAAAAAGAGCGAAGCGUUUGCAAAGAAGCUGGAUCCGGCCUAUCAGGUGGACAAAGGAGGAAAGAUCCGCCUGGUGGUGGACCUGGCAGACCCCACUGUCGACCUCAAGUGGUACAAGAACGGCCAGGAAAUAAGGCCCACUCCCAAGUACAUUUUUGAGCACAAGGGAACACAAAGGAUCAUGGUCAUCAACAACUGCUCCCUCAACGAUGAUGCUGCCUACUCUGUCGCAGCGGGCGACGAGAAAUGCACCACAGAGUUGUUCGUCAAAGAGCUGCCGGUGAAGAUCAUCAAAAACAUAGAGCCAGUUAAAACUACAGUGAAUGAAAGGAUCGAGCUGGAGUGUGAGGUCUCAGAGGAAGGAGCUCAGGUUAAAUGGAUGAAGAAUGGUGUGGAGGUUCCUACAGGAGUGCGCUCCAGAUAUCGAGUCAAGAGUGAGGGAACCAAACAUUUCCUGGUGAUUGAUGAUGCCUCACGGGAGGAUACCGGCACGUACUCGCUCAUGGCCACCGGAGGCACUACUGAGGCUCAUGUACAGGUUGACUUGAAACCACUGAAGAUCUACCAGGACCUACAAGAUAUUAAGGUGUUGCUGGGUGAACCAAUCAAGCUUCACUGCGAGAUCUACCCCGGAAACGUUCCGGGUCGUUGGUACAGGAACGGUCAGCUGAUCCAGCCGAACGAUCGCAUCAACAUCCUCCACAGAAACAAAAACCAUCGACUUGAAAUUGGGACCAGCUCCCUCCAUGACUCGGGGGAUUAUACUUUCGUACCUGAGGGAUAUUCCCAGAGCCUCUCUGCUAAGGUUCACAUUAUUGACCCUCCAAGGGUUCACUUGGAGAGCUUGAAUUUCCCGGACAACACUGUAACCAUUGUAGCAGGAAAUAAGCUUCGCUUGGAAAUCCCCAUCAGCGGAGAGCCAGCGCCCAGGGUGGUGUGGAUGAAGGGAGAGAGGGUAAUUCUGGACUCCGGUCACCGUGUUCGAGCUGAGACUUACGGUGAUCAAACCAGCCUGACCAUUGAUGUGACUGAGCGAGACGACACGGGCAACUACAAGAUAGUGCUCCAAAACGAGGCUGGCGAGGAUUCGGCUUCUGUAAAAAUAAAAGUUGUGGACAUCCCUGAUGCCCCGGACGCUCCCUUGGUACCGGUGGUGGGGGGAGAUUGGUGCUCCAUGACAUGGGAGCCCCCAAAAUAUGAUGGAGGUUCACCUAUAUUAGGCUACUUUAUUGAGAGGAAGAAGAAGCAAAGCUCAAGGUGGAUGAGGCUGAAUUUUGAUCUGAUUAAGGAAACCUCAUUUGAACCCAAGAAAAUGAUCGAGGGCGUGCCUUACGAAUUGCGGAUCUUUGCAGUCAACGCUAUUGGGGUGUCCAAACCAAGUGAACCAUCCAAAGCCUUUACGCCCCUGGCCGUGACCAGUGAGCCCACGAUGCUGGUUGUGGACGAUGUGACUGACACAACAGUGACGGUGAAGUGGCGCCCCCCUGAAACCAUUGGUGCUGCUGGUCUGGACGGUUACUUGGUAGAGUACUGCAUCGAAGGAACUGACGAAUGGAUCACCUCCAACAAAGAGCUGACGGAGAAAACCAAGCACACCAUCACAGGGCUGUCUCCUGGGUCCAAAAUCUUGGUCCGUGUGAAGGCCAUCAACGCGGCUGGACCCAGUGCCCCCCGAACAAUUCAGCACUCCAUCCUUGUAAAAGAAGUCAUUGAGCCGCCAAAGAUUCGUGUCCCGAGACACCUGAAGCAAACGUACACGCGCAGGGUUGGAGAGGCCGUCAACCUGGUGGUGCCAUUCAUGGGCAAACCAAGGCCCAAGGUGAACUGGCUGAAGGAGGGCAAGCCCAUUGAGCCGACCCAUGUAAGCAUUCGCAACACAGACAAUGACAGCAUCAUCUUCAUUCGUAAAGCCGAACGCAGUCACUCUGGGAACUAUGAGAUGACAGUGCAGGUGGAGAACCAUGUGGACACAGCCAUCAUCGACAUACAGAUAGUAGAUCUCCCUGGACCUCCUCAGACUGUGACCAUUGAAGAUGUUUGGGGAGGAAAUGUGGCCCUGGCCUGGACUCCACCAAAGGACAACGGCAAUGCUCCUAUUAUCGGCUACACAAUUCAAAAGGCAGACAAGAAGACAAUGGAAUGGUACACAUGCAUUGAGCACUACCAUCGCACCUGCAUUGCCAUCACAGAACUGGUGGUCGGGAACGAGUACUUCUUCCGAGUCUACUCAGAGAACAUGUGUGGUCUCAGUGAAACUGCCACUCAGACCAAAAAGAGCGCCCUCAUCGUCAAGGAAGGCAUGCAGGUGAAAAUCCCCGAGUACAAUGACCAUGACUUUAAGGAGGCGCCCAAGUUCACCCAGCCACUGAUCAACACCUUCGCCGUCGCAGGCUACAAUACCACGCUCAACUGCAGCGUCCGAGCCAAUCCAAAGCCCAAGGUGAUCUGGAUGAAGAACAAGAUCAUCAUCUUGGACGACCCGCGCUACCGCAUGUUCAGCAACCAAGGAGUUUGCACUCUGGAGAUCCGGAAGCCCAGUCCAUAUGAUGGUGGCGUGUACACCUGUAAAGCCAUCAACGAUUUGGGGGAAGCCCAAGUGGAGUGCAAGCUGGAGGUCAAAGUCCAAACUCAAGAAUUGUGAAUGUAUGUUCUCAUAUAAGGUGGCUUCACCUUCUACGAGCUCAUGCAGCGUGGCGUCCCCCUACACCUGAUUGACAAGUACAUGAGUGAGACGAAGGUCGUGGAGCACGAGAAAUGAAACCAAAGACAUUUUAGCUCAGCCAGCCUCUUUUUCACAGGAGGAGGGCAGACAAUCAAGAUGGAUGAUGGGAUGGAUGAAGGUGGACUGUGGUGUGGCGUGCUGUGUGCUAAUUUGGAUCUAGUUACUGUAGAAAUCAUUAUCUUCUUUGUCACCCUUUUGUUUGUCAGUUCGGGUGCAUGUCGGGAAUUGCUUUUGGUUCCUUCAGUGUGUAAACAUAAGUGUAGCACAGGCGGUGACACACGCACAUCCAACCCCACCCUCACCCACACACACACACGCACGCAUACAGUAUUUACUUUUAAGUGAACGUGCUUUGAAAGGGUCCGUCCGGAGGAUAAUGGGAAUGUACAAACACUGUUUUAGUUUGGCUGGUUUGAUGAAACAACUUACAAGGCAACAUCGGGCAAAUGAAAGUGCAAACUGCUCUGCUGCUCUCACUUGAUGCACAUCUACGUAAUCCACCAGCGAGUUUCUGUUCAGGACUGAAGUGUCCUUAGUUGGCGUGAAACAUUUUGGUUCCCUGUUUGGAUUUCAGGCUUUGCCUUCUGCGCAUGCCUUUGUAAUUAUGACAUUUUAUUUGAAUAAAAGUUUCACCAAAGACUUUAUAAUGUUGUUUCUUAACUCUCUAGAGGGUUUACAUGUUUAUCUUAAUCCAGGUGACACAGGGUUUAAAUGCUUCAUUGACUGAGUUGAAAAAAAGGAUAUGUGGAUAAAAC